AUGGGCCUCAUCGCCGGUCUCGUCUCGACGAUAGUCCACGUCGCCGCCGGCCGCAACCCCUACGGCCACCACCACAACCAGACCGGCGCCGCCACGACUCACCAUGAGAACAACAUCACCACGGGCUGCAACGCCGGGCCCAACGACCAGCCGUGCGGCAUCUGCGCCGUCGCGCUUCCCUUCUUAAAAGGCCGGCAGAUGAAGCUCGAGAGUAAGGCCAUGAGGCACGAGCGUAGGGCCGUCCGGCACGCCAUCAAGGCGCAGCGGUUCGCCGGGGGCCGGGGGACGGGUUACGCUGCCGCAUAUGUGGUUGCUGGGCCGUACCAGAACCAGAACCAGAACCAGAACCAGCAGCAGCAGCAGCAGCAGCAACAACACCAGGGAAUUUCACGCAGCGGGGUGGUGGGGGAGAGGCAGGAGGAGGGCGUCGAGGAAUUGCACGGGCACCGGAGGGCUUCGACGGGCGGGGACUUGCCGCCUCCUGCUUACAAGGAGGGGGAGUCUGCGGCGGCGGGUGCCAGGCGAAGUGUUGAGGGUUUGGCAGGGGAUGAAAAGCAUGCCGACAAAGCCUGA